AUGAACGGGAUUCGGGCCAUGUUGAAGGAGACCAAACUAUCGAAAGGUUGGUGGUCGAUGGCCCUUCACUGCUUCUGUUACGCAAGGAACCGAGUCUCUAACUCCUCCAUCCCGCAAAAUACGACUCCUUUCCAACGAAUGUUCGGAAAAGAAGCUCAACACGGGUCCCUACGAACUUUCGGGUGCCCCGUAUGGGCCUUCGUACCACCGGAGACCCGGACCAAGUUGGACGAUCGAUCGUUCAAAGGUAUCUUCAUGGGAUACUACGAAGACGGAAGCCACGCAUACCGGGUUUGGCACGGUGAGAAG